AUGCUGAUCAAUGAAAAACCUAAGCAGCUGAUCCCACCAAAUGCAGCGGGAUGGAGUCAUACUGUACGUCUGGGGGACGUCAUCAGGAUAGACGUGGAAGGCGGCGAUGGCUUCUGGGUCCAGACUCAUAAACUGAAAACGAUCACGGACUCCCACCAGCACCUCGUUCUCGCCGCAAACUCCGACAAACGCUUCUGCCCUCUUACUCAGGGUUCCAUAGACUCUGCAGACUUGACUUCGGCGGGUGGGAGCUCGGUGGUUUCUCCAGCCGCGGCAGUUGGGGUAGACUUUAUAGCAGCAGGCUCCCCAGGCACAGGCCCCCUCAGGGAAGUUCCGAAUGUCGGCCUUACGUAUGGUUACCAGCCUUUCGGUAACGCGCGACGUCGAGGCCCACCAACUCAGCACUUAAGAAGUCCGUUCUGGGACGCAAACUGCCGAUGUCAACAGUUCCAGUCUGCCGAGAAGUGCAUCCGACAAGAACCCGAGCCAACUCGCACAAUUCUACCGAUGGUGCCGAAAAAUGCCUCCAAAGAUUCGGAGGGGGGGAGCGGAGACUUCAACCCAGCCGAUUUGGCAGAGGAAGGCAAGCUAGACGCCAGGGGAAAGAAAACCUUGCUGAAGAACAUGAAUAUCCCAUGGACAGGCUUAUCGGGAUUUUUCAUCCUUGUCCUCGCAAUGGUUGUUGUUCCGGGGGGAAGAGACGGGAACGAUAAAUUCUGCAUCGAGAUUGCUGCGUCAUAACUUGGCCAACCAUGCGGAAGUUAGGAAUGCUCAGCGCUUGAUCACUAUAGGUUUUAGAUACAAAAAGAAACCCCACCCCGCGC